AUGGCGAGCUCGAGCGGCAGCAAGAUGGAUUCGGGCCCUGCCCGCUCCCUCUCGAGGAGGAUGACCAGGGCCCAGAGCGUGAUGGUCGACUUGCCCAAUGAGGACAGCUCUACCGUCGACAGUGAGCUCGUCCCCUCCUCUCUGGCAGCCAUCGCCCCGAUCCUUCGUGUCGCCAAUGAGGUCGAGAAGGAGAAUCCUAGAGUCGCCUACCUCUGCCGCUUCCAUGCUUUUGAGAAGACGCAUAAGAUGGACCCCCACUCAAGUGGACGUGGUGUUCGCCAGUUUAAGACUUAUCUAUUGCACAGGCUGGAGAAGGAAGAAGAAGAAACCAGACCACAACUGGCCAGGAAUGAUCCAAAAGAAAUCCAGUUGUAUUAUCAGCAGUUCUACGAAAAGCACAUCCAGGAAGCUGAAUAUACAAAAAGACCGGAGGAAAUGGCGAAGAUCUAUCAGAUGGCCUCAGUACUGUACGAUGUGGUGACAACAGUAGUGCCUUCUGAAAAUAUCGAUAAACAGACAAAAACGUAUGCCAAGGAAGUCGAGAGGAGACAGGCUCAGUCUCAACACUACAACAUUCUUCCAUUGUUUGCCACUGGAGUUAAACCAGCUAUCAUGGAACUUCCUGAGAUCAAAGCAGCGCUUCAGGCUAUACGAAGUGUUGAAAAUCUCCCAAUGCCCCGAAUUCACCCGGAAACCCAUGUGCAAGAUGAAACUUCCGAAAGGCCUGUGGAGAGGGUUAGAUCUGUCACAGAUAUACUAGAGUGGCUCUCCUCUGUUUUUGGGUUCCAGAAAGGAAAUGUGGCAAACCAGAGAGAGCACCUAAUUUUAUUGCUGGCAAACAUCGACAUAAGGCAUAGGCAUCUUGAAGAUUAUACGGAGUUGGACAUGGCCACUGUUGUUGAGCUGUCGGAUAAAAUCUUCAAGAACUAUCGCUCAUGGUGUCAUUAUCUGCGAUGCAAACAAAAUAUCAAGGUGCCCCAAGGUGCGGAUAAACAGCAGUUACUGCUCAUCUACAUUGCUCUUUACCUUCUUAUCUGGGGCGAAGCCUCAAACAUCCGUUUCAUGCCCGAAUGUCUUUGCUACAUCUUCCAUCAGAUGGCAAAUGAAGUUUAUGGAAUCCUGUUUAGCAAUGUCCAUCCAGUUAGUGGAGACCCAUAUCAAACAGCAGUGAGAGAUGAUGAAGCGUUCUUGAGGGGCGUUAUUACCCCUAUCUAUCAGGUUCUCCGGAAGGAAGUUAGGAGAAACAAAGGAGGGAAGGCGAGCCAUGCAAGAUGGAGAAACUACGAUGAUCUGAAUGAGUACUUCUGGUCAGAGAAAUGUUUUAGACUGGCAUGGCCACUGGAUCAAAAAGCAGAUUUUUUUGUACGCUCGGAUGACUUUCAGCCGCCAAAUGAAAGAGCUAAUCAUGGCACUACUGGGAAGCAAAAGCCUAAGACUAACUUUGUCGAAGUUCGCACGUUUUGGCAUCUGUAUAGAAGUUUUGAUCGGAUGUGGAUAUUCUUCAUAUUGGCGUUGCAGGCUAUGAUUAUUAUUGCGUGGAGUCCCGAUGGUACCAUUCUGGCUAUUUUUGAUGAGGAUGUCUUCAGAGAUGUUCUGAGCAUUUUUAUCACUUAUGCUUUUCUCAACUUCAUAAGAGCAACUCUUGAUAUCAUCCUCAGUCUGAAUGCUUGGAGAAGUAUGAGAUUCAGUCAGAUUCUUCGGUACAUUCUGAAGUUUGUAGUGGCAGCUGCUUGGGCCGUGGUUCUUCCAAUUGGUUAUAGCAGUUUGAUUCAAAAUCCGACAGGAGUCUUGAGGAUUUUCCACUCAUGGGGCCAGGACUGGAGGAGCGCAUCGUUUUACUAUUACGCGGUCGCAAUCUUUAUGAUACCCAAUGUUCUUGCAGCUAUACUCUUCUGUGUUCCUUAUAUAAGGAGAACAAUGGAGCGUUCGAGCUUGUUGCCUAUAACUAUUCUCAUGUGGUGGGCCCAGCCAAAACUUUACGUGGGACGAGGAAUGCACGAGGAUAUGUUCUCACUCCUGAAGUACACCCAAUUCUGGAUCAUGCUACUCAUCAGCAAACUUGCAUUUAGCUACUAUGUUGAGAUUAUGCCACUAGUUGGACCGACGAAGGCAAUUAUGCAGAUGCGUGUCUAUAACUAUGAAUGGCAUGAAUUUUUCCCAAGAUUAAAGGAUAACCUGGGGGUUAUUGUUGCGAUAUGGGCUCCAAUUGUUCUGGUUUACUUCAUGGAUGCACAAAUAUGGUAUGCCAUAUUUUCCACUCUCUUUGGUGGCAUAUAUGGAGCCUUCAGCCAUUUGGGUGAGAUAAGAACACUUGGGAUGCUGCGAUCCCGAUUUGAUGCUGUGCCUUCAGCAUUCAGUCAGUACCUUUUGCCUUCAUCAAAGAGCGAGGGAUCGAAGAGGAGAGAUCAGGAUGAGUCGAUGGAAAGGAGGAACAUUGCAUAUUUUUCGCAAGUGUGGAAUGAAUUCAUUCGUACUAUGAGAAUGGAGGACCUGAUCAGCAACAGAGACAGAGACUUGCUCCUUGUUCCUUAUAGUUCAAGCGACGUCACUGUUAUUCAGUGGCCACCAUUUUUGCUCGCUAGUAAGAUUCCCAUAGCACUUGACAUGGCAAAAGACUUCAAGGGAAAGGAUGAUGAUGAGUUGUUUAGGAAGAUAAGGAGUGACCCUUAUAUGCACUCUGCAGUUAUUGAAUGCUACGAGACUCUCAGGGACAUCAUCUAUGGGCUUCUCGAAGAUGAAAUUGACAGAAUGGUUGUCCGGGAAAUUUAUUAUGAAGUAGAUAUUUGCUUGCAACAGCGCAGAUUUUUGACUGAAUUUCGAAUGAGUGGGUUGCCUAUUCUUAGCCAAAGGUUGGAAAGGUUUCUGUCUCUCUUGCAGCAGACAGAUUAUGAUGAUGAGGAGAUAUACAAGUCCCUGAUAAUUAAUGUGCUUCAGGAUAUUAUGGAGAUCAUAAUAGAAGAUGUCAUGAUGAAUGGCCACGAAAUCUAUGAGAGAACAAAUAUACACUUAAGAGACAGCCAAAGCAAUAAAAGGGAGCAGAGGUUUGAAAAAAUAAAUAUCCGCCUCAUGCUGAACAAGUCUUGGAUCGAGAAGGUUGUUAGGCUUCAUCUGCUUCUUACUGUCAAGGAAUCUGCAAUUAACGUGCCUUCAAAUCUGGAAGCUCGCCGAAGAAUUACAUUCUUUGCUAAUUCGCUGUUCAUGAACAUGCCGAGUGCUCCUAAAGUGAGGAAAAUGCUUUCUUUCAGUGUGUUGACCCCAUAUUACAAAGAAGAUGUUAUGUAUUCGACGGAAGAGCUUAAUAGGGAAAAUGAGGAUGGAAUUUCGACUUUGUUCUACCUGCAGAAAAUAUAUCCAGAUGAAUGGACCAAUUUCCUUGAUCGUAUAAACGAUGAGAAAAAUGAAUAUUCCGACAAAGACAAGCUGGAGCAGGAACGCAUGUGGGUUUCUUUUAGAGGGCAGACUCUUGCUAGGACAGUGAGGGGGAUGAUGUAUUACAGGCAAGCUUUAGAGCUCCAAUACUUUUUGGAGUUUGCUGGCGAUAGCGUUUUCUACGGUGGCUAUAGAACCAUGGAGUUACCUGAGGAGGAACAGAGGGCAUUCUCUGAUAGGGCCCAAGCUCUCGCGGAUUUGAAGUUCACUUACGUUGUUUCAUGUCAAGUUUACGGGGCUCAGAAAAAAUCAACUGACAAUCGUGAUCGAAGUUGUUACACCAAUAUAUUGAAUCUCAUGUUAACGUACCCUUCUUUGCGAGUUGCUUACAUUGACGAAAGAGAGGAGACAGUUAAUGACAAACCUCAGAAGUGUUACUACUCCGUGCUUGUUAAAGGAGGGGAUAAGUUAGAUGAGGAAAUAUACCGAAUCAAGCUUCCCGGUCCUCCUACAGAAAUCGGUGAAGGAAAACCUGAAAAUCAGAACCAUGCUAUAAUUUUCACCAGGGGAGAGGCACUGCAGACCAUAGACAUGAAUCAGGAUAAUUACUUUGAAGAAGCUUUCAAGAUGAGGAACGUGUUGGAAGAAUUUCAGAAACGUCGUGGUGGACCAAGAAGACCGACUAUUCUGGGCCUGAGGGAGCAUAUUUUUACAGGAAGUGUUUCGUCGCUAGCUUGGUUCAUGUCCAAUCAGGAGACUAGUUUUGUCACCAUUGGCCAACGAGUUUUAGCAAAUCCAUUAAGAGUUCGUUUCCAUUAUGGCCAUCCUGAUAUAUUUGACAGACUCUUCCACAUCACUCGAGGGGGCAUAAGUAAAGCUUCCAGGGUCAUCAACUUGAGCGAGGACGUUUUUGCUGGGUAUAAUUCGACUCUCCGUGGGGGAUAUGUAACGCAUCACGAGUACAUCCAAGUAGGAAAGGGUCGUGAUGUGGGAAUGAAUCAAAUAUCGCUUUUCGAGGCCAAGGUUGCUAACGGGAAUGGCGAACAAACACUCAGUCGUGAUGUUUACAGGCUCGGUCGCCGAUUCGACUUCUACAGAAUGCUCUCUUUCUAUUUCACGACUGUCGGUUUUUACUUCAGUAGCAUGCUCACAGUGCUCACGGUGUACGUGUUCUUGUAUGGACGCUUAUACAUGGUCAUGAGCGGGUUGGAACGUGAGAUACUUCAGAGCCCAAGCAUACACCAAAGCAAGGCCCUCGAGGAGGCCCUGGCGAGCCAGUCAGUUUUCCAGUUGGGCCUCUUGCUCGUGCUACCUAUGGUUAUGGAGAUUGGUCUUGAGAAAGGUUUCCGCUCUGCCCUGGGUGACUUCAUCAUCAUGCAGCUACAGCUUGCCUCCGUGUUCUUCACAUUCCAACUUGGGACAAAGGCCCACUUCUUUGGGAGGACAAUCUUACAUGGAGGCUCCAAGUACAGAGCCACUGGGCGUGGUUUUGUCGUGUUUCAUGCGAAGUUCGGUGAUAACUAUAGGCUCUAUUCUCGAAGCCACUUUGUAAAGGGGCUCGAGCUCCUUAUGCUGUUGAUCCUCUAUGAGGUUUAUGGAGAAUCAUACCGGAGCUCGAAGCUUUACCUGUUCAUCACCUUCUCGAUGUGGUUCUUGGUUGCUUCGUGGCUUUUUGCGCCAUUUAUAUUCAACCCGUCGGGCUUUGACUGGCAGAAGACAGUGGAUGACUGGGCCGACUGGAAGAGGUGGAUGGGGAAUCGGGGUGGGAUCGGGAUUCCGCCCGAUAAAAGCUGGGAGUCAUGGUGGGACGAAGAACACGAGCACCUUAAGCACACAAACAUUCGAGGGAGAGUGCUUGAGAUAUUACUUGCUUGCCGGUUCUUCUUGUACCAGUAUGGAAUUGUCUACCACCUCGAUAUAUCGCACCACAGCAAGAACUUAUUGGUUUAUGGACUUUCUUGGGUGGUCAUGCUAACCGUUCUCCUCGUCUUGAAGAUGGUAUCUAUGGGAAGAAGAAGAUUUGGGACGGACUUCCAGCUCAUGUUCAGGAUUUUGAAAGCGCUUCUGUUCCUCGGGUUCAUGUCAGUCAUGACGGUCCUGUUUGUCGUCUGUGGUCUCACUAUAUCCGAUCUAUUCGCCGCCACUCUCGCCUUCUUGCCUACCGGGUGGGCCAUCCUUCUGCUCGGGCAAGUGAGUAGGCCAUUGCUGAGACGGUUAGGUGUCUGGGAGUCCGUAAAGGAGCUCGGGAGAGCUUACGACUACAUAAUGGGAGUGUUACUCUUCAUGCCAAUCGCGAUCCUUUCUUGGUUCCCUUUCGUUUUGGAAUUCCAGACCCGACUCCUCUUCAACCAGGCAUUUAGCAGAGGUCUCCAGAUCUCCAUGAUUCUCGCUGGAAGGAAAGACAAGAACGAGGAAAAAAAGGAUCCAACCCGAUCGCGCGCCCCAUAUUAAUUUACACUGUAUUCUUUAGCAAACUGCAGCAUCAGAGCUGGUCAUUUUGUAGCAGAUAUUGCAUGUACACU